AUGUGUGGAAUCUUCGCGUGUCACCAUCACCCCGAUGUGCAAAAGUUCAAGCCCACGGCUUUGCGCAUGGCCAAGGCUGUGCGUCACCGCGGUCCCGAUUGGAGCGGUAACUUCAUUGGCGACCAGACUAUCCUCGCGCACGAGCGUCUGAGCAUCGUCGGUGUCGACUCCGGCGCCCAGCCCCUUGUCAACGAUGACGAGACCCUCGCCCUUGCUGUCAACGGCGAGAUCUACAACCACCGCAUUCUCCGCAAGAACCUGCACACCAAGUACAACUUCAAGACACACUCCGAUUGCGAGGUUAUCAUUCCUUUGUAUAUGGAGCACGGCCUUGAUGCCCCCAAGUACCUCGAUGGCAUGUUCUCCUGGGUUCUCUGGGACAAGAAGCAGGACCGUGUAAUUGCUGCCCGUGAUCCCAUUGGUAUCACCUCUUUCUACCUCGGCCGCUCCUCUACCACCCCCGGCGCUGUCUACUUCGCCUCCGAGCUCAAGUGCCUGCACCCCGUCUGCGAUAACAUCAUUGCCUUCCCUCCCGGUCACGUCUAUGACUCCACCACCGACAAGCUCACCCGCUACUUCGAGCCUAAGUGGUGGGACCCCACCAACGUCCCCUCCACCCCGGUCGACCUCAAGGUUCUCCGCACUACCCUGGAGAAGUCUGUUCGCAAGCGUCUGAUGGCUGAGGUUCCCUACGGUGUCCUCCUGUCUGGUGGCCUUGACUCCAGUCUGGUGGCUGCCAUCGCCCAGCGCGAGACUCUGCGCAUGCAGGAGGCUGCUAAGAAGACCAACGCCUCUUCCGAGGACCUCGUCGGUAUUGACGACAACAGUGAGCUGUCUUCCCUCCCCUUCUUCCAGCAGCUGCACUCCUUCUCCAUUGGUCUUCCCGGCGCUCCCGAUACCGCCGCCGCCAUGGAGGUCGCCAAGUUCCUAGGCACCAAGCACCACGCUUUCACCUUCACCGUCGAGGACGGCCUGAACGCUCUCUCUGACGUUGUCUACCACCUCGAGACCUACGAUGUCACCACCAUCCGUGCCUCUACCCCUAUGUACCUGCUCUCCCGCAAGAUCAAGGCUAUGGGUGUCAAGAUGGUCCUGUCUGGCGAGGGCAGUGACGAGAUCUUCGGUGGUUACCUGUACUUCCACGCUGCUCCCAACCGUGAGGAGUUCCACAAGGAGACCGUCCGUCGUGUCAAGAACCUGCACCUGGCUGACUGCCUGCGUGCCAACAAGUCUACCUCUGCCUGGGGUCUUGAGGCUCGUGUUCCCUUCCUGGACAAGGAGUUCCUCGAGACCUCCAUGGCUAUCGACCCUAAGGAUAAGAUGAUCGACUCCGAGCACAUUGAGAAGUACAUCCUGCGCAAGGCCUUCGAUACCUCUGACGAGCCUGACGCCGCUCCCUACCUCCCCGAGAAGAUCCUCUGGCGCCAGAAGGAGCAGUUCUCCGACGGUGUCGGUUACAGCUGGAUCGAUGGCCUGAAGGAUGCUGCCGAGGCCCACGUUACCGACGAGAUGAUGAAGAACCCCAAGCCCGAGUGGGGCACCGAUGUCCCCGAUACCAAGGAGGCUUACUGGUACCGCACUAUGUUCGACGAGCACUUCCCCCCUUACUGUGCGGGUACUGUCGAGCGCUGGACCCCUACCUGGUCCAAGCAGACCGAUCCCAGUGGAAGAUCGAUUGCCUACCACAACAAAAAGUACCAGCACGUCGAGUAA